AUGUGGAACAAGAACCGCGUGGCGAGGCAAGCCGGUACCAGUGGCACCGACAAACUCGGUACCAGCGGAGGUCUCUUCAGAAACAACUCGGACACCGCCAUCCGUCUUUCAACCACUGCCGUCGGCCACGACAGUUGAUCGCAACACCUACCUACCAGCAACACACGAGAUCCGCGAACACCUACCACAAGUGACAGUUGAAGAGAUCGGAGACCAGACAACCCGAACUUCAGACCGUUUCUGAAGAAAUUCCGCGAGGGAAUCCACGCUGAGAGCCAAAGACUGUUAAAUAGGAUUAAUAGGGACCAGGAUAGGCACCUGGACCGGAACCACUCGAGACUGUUUGGUCCAUCGCGGUGGGAAGCUCGAGGACACGUGGCUGGAGAAUGCCGCAGUCAGCGGUUCAACCGUGAUCACUUGGCAGAAGCGAAAAUCCCCGUGUGUACCGCGCGCGAAUCCGUCGCAUCGUGGACAUUCAGUGUCGAGUUAACACGGUCGAGCGUCAGAAAUGUCGAGACCAGGGUGCGGAACGAUGACGUCGAGAAGAACGAGAACGGGGAGGAUGGUCCUGAUAGGCCUGAUCCUCCUGGCGCUCCUGGACACCGUCAGCGGUGUCCCUUACAAGAGAUCGCUGCUCAGACUGUGCUCCAAGAGCCUCAGCGAUGCUUUAGCGCUGGCUUGUAAGGAUCGCGGGUACAACGAGCCGUUCUCCUAUAGCGCAGAAGCGGAUCCCCAGGACUCGAUGGAACCAGGACUGGUGGAGGAGUGCUGCUACCGUCAGUGCUCGUUCUCGCACCUGCAACAGUACUGCAAGCAGGACACGGACAGCCCCGUAGGCGCCUUAGAUAACUCGGUCUGGAUAGUAAAUUUACCGUAUUCCUCUGGGAGGCCGGAAACGUCGUCGGAGGAGAUAUCGAGAUCGGACACCAACAACGUCACCGGCACGAUCAAGUGUAACAUCCACGGGUUGAAGGGGACCAGGAAGAAAGGAACUAACACGUACCACGACGACUGCGUUGGCUGCGAUGGAAAGGUCUCGGCGAGGAGGCAUCGCGGCGGCCGGCAUCGACGGCAGAGGCGUCGUCGUCUUGGCAAGGUACCAGACAAGGCACCAGUUGACGGAACGCCGGAGAACGGGGAGUCCAAGGGUUCGCCGUUCCCGUAAGACACGCAGUCCCGGUCAGGCGAGAAGAGAACAGCCCAGGAACGUUGGAGUCGAAUCAACGUUGUUAUCGCG